AUGAGCGUCGCCGGCUGUAAUAUCUCGGCGGCAACCUUAUCCUCCCCUUCGUCCGGCCCAAACCCUAAUUCAAGAUUCCGAGUCCCUCUAGCUUCCUCUCAAUUUUACCCAAAUACUAGGUUUAGCGGCGGAGCUCCCGUCUCCCUCAGCUUGGCUAGUCGAAAUCUUCGGCCGAGGAGCGCAAAAGUUCGAGCUUCAGCGGACAAUACGGCCAAUCGGAUUGAGAAAUUGGUGAGCCGGCUGCCUAAUGGUGCUCUCGCCGCCGACAAGAUAUUCAGACUCAUCGCCGGCGCCACCGCCAGUCCCAUCGCCCAGUACAUUUCUUCACCCACCACGUUUCUCCAUUCCGUCGACCCUAGAAUCAAACUGAUAUGGCUGCUGGCUCUUGUUGUCCUGCCAGCAAGAUCGCACAUAGUAAUGCGAUUCGGAUUGGUCGCCUAUUUGGCUGCUCUAUCGAUUAUCGUCCUCCCUCGCAAUGUCUGGAUGGAUCAAUUGGGAAGGGUUUCACUGCUAUCCGGGAUUCUGUUCUUGAUGCUAGGGUUUGGUUCGGAUUCUGUACCUCCACUUGUGCAGUUGAGAACUCCACCGGCUACUGUAACAGGGUUGCCUAACCUUCCACAGUCUUUGCAAGGUUACUCUUACUUGAUUCUGAAGCUAGGUCCUCUGCAAUUUACGAGGAAAGGCUUGUCAGUUGCGAGCACAGCUGCAUGCUUAACCUUCACUAUCUUUCAAAGUGCUAGCCUUUGCCUUGCAACUACAACACCAGAACAACUAGCGUCUGCUUUGCGUUGGUUCCUGCUUCCGUUGAGAUACUUGGGUGUUCCGGUUGCUGAAAUGACACUAACCCUAAUGCUCUCCCUGCGAUUCAUCAAUCUUGUCUUCGACGAGGUGAGAAAUGUAGCGCUUGGAAUUGUGUCUCGUAGGAUCAACUGGAAGCUACUGACUGUCAUGGAGACAAUCGAAAUUCUUGCUUCCUACAUUCGACGCAUCUUCAAGAACAUCUUCAGCCACGCAGAGCAGAUAUCUCAGGCGAUGAUUGUGCGAGGUUUCAGAGGAGACAGCAAUGCUCAUAAGAUCUACUUCUUAUCAGACUCGUCACUGGGGAUGGCUGAUUUCAUUUCGUUGCUGUUCCUCGUUGGUGUUGCCAGUGGUGCUGUUUUGUCUGAUCGCUUUCUCAUAUGAGGCCCAGUUGGCCCAAAAGACACCAUCAGAAGCCAUUUUAACAGUAACUGAUUGAUCCGUGUCUCGCUAUAUCGAUUGAUUUUGAAGGAUGUUGAUUAAUUUUCCGAGAGGCGGAACUACAAUAUGGAUGCAGAGAAUUUCAGGUUGCAAGUUCAAGACCUUGGGAAUUGGUAAAAGAUCUGUGAAACUAAUCUGUGGGGAGACGAUCUGUGGAGCAGACUGACUGUAGGAUGUGCAACAAUCCGGUCUAUAUUUUGGAUUGAGCCGAUGCUUACUGAUAGAUCUCUAAGCACGUAAAAUAAUAAACGAAACAGUUGGUUAGUGAUAAAUCGCUAACGGCAUAACCGUUUAUCACCUUAUCACCUCUAUUUCAGUGUCCAUGAAACCGUACCGGCGGUUCAACCACGAAAUACCAAUAUCGGAGGC